AGGGCCCUUUGGUGCUGUUUUGUAAAUUGUUGGUUAUUAUUUGUAAUUUGACCUUGAUCUAGGGUUUGCUCCCAGCACUUGCUUUCUUUUACAAAUAUUUUAGCAAUAAAUGUUCACAUUGCUAUGCAGGGUUGGAAAGAUGUGCUGUUAGUUUUGAGUAAUAAGAUGUUAGUGAAGACAACUUGUAGGGCAUUUAAGUAUGGAAUAGUAAAAUUUCAUUGGCCUAAAUAAAUUGAGAUAACCAGGUGUGAUCCAUAUAAGCGUUGAUUUCUCUGUGCUUCCUAAAUUCUUUUUCUUAUAACCCGGAUCAUUCAAGUGGUGUUUGGCAAGCUCUUUCAGCUCUGAGCUUACAUCCUGCACCUGCCGUCUUAUCCCUGUAAUGCUUAUAGUACUUUCAAUAUUUUGUAAUCCCCCUUGUUGGUUAUUGAGCAAUGUGUAUCGAUAAAGCUGGAUUUGUAUGAUAUUAGUUGAUAUGUGGGUUGGGUUAUCUCUAUGAAACAUUUUUUCUCUCAUUAGUCUGGACGAAAGCUCAUAAAUUUGAUUACUUUGCCGGGGAAGUCUUUUGGUAAUGGUAAUGUUCUCUUGUGACGUGGGCAUUGUGGGUCUGAACCAUGGAAGAAGCUGCUUUGGAAGUGGAGAUUGACAUGGACACAAUUGAAGUUAGCAACCUAAAUAGGCAAUUCUUAUUUCGUCAAUCACAUGUUGGUCAAUCAAAGGCAAAAGUUGCUCGUGAGGCUGUGCUAAGAUUUAGGCCUCAGAUUAGCAUUACACCUUACCAUGCUAAUGUCAAAGAUUCUGAUUUCAAUGUUGACUUUUUCAAACAAUUCAGUGUCGUUCUGAAUGGGCUUGACAACUUGGAUGCUAGGCGGCAUGUGAACCGCCUCUGCUUGGCAGCUGAUGUUCCCUUGGUGGAAAGUGGUACUACUGGCUUUUUGGGGCAGGUCACUGUGCACAUCAAGGGUCGGACGGAAUGCUAUGAAUGCCAACCAAAACCAGCUCCGAAGACUUAUCCUGUGUGUACUAUUACAAGUACUCCAUCCAAGUUCGUUCACUGUAUUGUAUGGGCGAAAGAUCUGCUUUUCGCAAAGCUCUUUGGAGACAAGAACCAGGAUAAUGAUCUUAACGUGCGUUCUAAUGAUUCUGCUAGCUCGUCAGAUCAUUCAGAAGAUGUUUUUGAACGCAAAAAGGAUGAAGAUAUUGAACAGUAUGGAAAGCGAAUUUAUGAUCAUGUCUUUGGUCAUAAUAUCGAAAGUGCUCUGUCCAAUGAGGAGACAUGGAAAAACCGCAACAAGCCAAGGCCUAUAUAUGUUAGAGAUGGCCUUUCUGAUGAUCUUCUUCAACAGAAUGGAAAUGUAGACAAAAUUCCAGCAACUGAUAAUUCAUCUGCAUUGUCUGCAAUGGCAUAUCUGGGUUUAAAAAAUCCACAAGAUAUCUGGAGCCUUAAGGAAAAUUCAAGGAUUUUCUUUGCAGCACUGAAAUUGUUCUUUUCGAAGAGGCAGAAGGAGAUUGGAAACUUGAGUUUUGACAAGGAUGACCACCUAGCUGUAGAAUUUGUUACUGCUGCUGCAAAUAUCCGAGCAGCUUCUUUUGGGAUUCCCUUGCAUAGCCUUUUUGAAGCAAAAGGUAUUGCUGGCAAUAUUGUGCAUGCAGUUGCAACAACAAAUGCUAUAAUUGCAGGAUUGAUUGUGAUAGAAGCAAUCAAGGUGCUGCAAAAUGAUUCAAAAAGCUGUAGAAUGACUUAUUGUCUUGAACAUCCAUCAAGGAAGAUGCUUCUUAUGCCUGUGGAGCCGUUUGAGCCAAACAAAGCUUGCUAUGUAUGUUCUGAGACACCAUUAGUGCUCGAGGUGAAUACGCACCGUGCAAAGCUGAGGGAUGUGGUGGAGAAAAUUGUUACAUCGAAGCUUGGCAUGAAUUUGCCAUUAAUUACUCAUGGGUCUGGCCUUCUAUAUGAAGUUGGUGAUGACUUGGAAGAAGAUAUGGUUGCUAAUUAUGCAGCGAACCUUGAGAAGGUGUUAUCUGAGCUUCCAUAUGCAAUCACUGGUGGAACAAUGAUUCAAAUUGAGGAUCUCCAACAAGAGCUUGUAUGCAAUAUCAAUAUCAAACAUAGGGAGGAAUUUGACGAAGAGAAGGAACCUGAUGGAAUGGUUCUUCAUGGGUGGACACAAGCUCCAGCAGUAAAAAAUAAGGAUACCACCACUAAUACUACUAGUAGCAACAAUGGAGCGAGCACAUCAUCUACAUCCACGUUGGUUCCGAAUGCCAUGGAAGAAGAUGAUGAGCUAACGAUACUAGAAACAGGAAUCGAGACCAUAGCUGCAGGAAAGAAAAGAAAGCUGUCUGACGUAUCAAAUUCUGAAACCCCAGUUCCCGCAGAUGAAAAACGGGCUAAGAAGUUAGCUGAACAAGUAGAAGACGAGAGUGAUGUGAUUGUUAUGCUGGAUGAUGCGAAUGAUGAGAAGAUUUCAAGAUAGUUGUCAAGUGGAGUGGAUCCAGAUUCUAAUUCACGGAGACACCCUUUUUUGUUGCGGUUUUAGCUGAUGGAGGGCUCAAUAUUAAAGGGUUUUUCGGUUUUUGGAUUGUAACCCGGUUUUUUAUUUCUUUUCUUUUGGUAGUUUAUGUGGGUUUGAAACUUAGGAUUUGGUUUUUGUGUAAGUAGAAGAAGGGAUGGUGACAAGAGGGAGUUUUUGUUAAAAAAGGGUGAUUAAAUCCUGACAGUUGAUUAGUGGUGGUAAGACAGGUAACGUAGGGUAGAAAUAUUAUCUUGUCAAAACAAGGCCUUACAAUUAUAUGCAUGUACUUUAUGACACUGUGUGACAGUUAUUAGGCACCAUUCCAUACCCUUGAUCAAAUCGAAGGCUGCUUUUCGGUA